AUUGAAAUCUCUGAUCUGGAAGUAUCCAAAAUGGCAGAAGAGACAUCCGUAGCGACAUCCCCAGCAGCAGCAGCCACCACGGCAUCCCCAGCGGCCAAGAAAGGCAAAGUUGCCAAAAGUGGCGGUGCAGCGAAGAAAGCCAAACCAACGCACCCAAAAACCUCUGAAAUGGUUAACAACGCCAUCAAGAAUCUGAAGGAGCGCAGUGGCUCAUCCCUGCAGGCCAUCAAGAAGUACGUGGCAGCCAACUACAAGGUUGAUGCCGAGAAGCUGGCCCCAUUUAUCCGCAGAUACUUGAAAUCCGCAGUCACCAGCGGAGCUCUUGUACAGACAAAGGGCAAGGGGGCAUCUGGUUCCUUCAAAUUGGCAACAUCUGCAAAGGGCGAGAAGACAAAAGCAGUAGAGAAGAAGAAGCCCCGUGCACCAAAGAAGGCUGCAACUGGUGAGAAGAAGACAAAGAAAGCUCCAGCAUCGCCCAAGAAGAAGCCAACUGCCGCCGCUAAGAAAGCUGUAGCAGCAAAGAAACCAAGUGGCGAGAAGAAGGCAGCUGCCUCUCCAAAGAAGGCUGCUGGAGCAAAGAAGACCGCUCCAAAGCAGAAAUCCACAAAGCCAUCAGCAAAGUCAGCAGGACCUAAAGUCAAGGCACCCAAACCGAAGAAGACUGGGUCGCCCAAGAAGGCAGCUGCGCCAAAGAAGACCGCCGCCGCAAAGAAGAAGUAAAAUGUCUCAUUUUACUCUGUAUUUCUUCUCCCAUAUUGGGACAAAACCUUAAGAAUAAUAACAAACAGCCCUUUUCAGG